AUGUCUAGUAACUCCCCAUCCUCAUCCCCAGCUGUAGAUAAGCAGGCAGUUGCUGAACGCAUCGAAUUGGCCUUGGCAAGUCUUCUUUCCAAAGAGUCUUUAGCCCGACUUAUUAAUAUUAAAGCUGUUGAUUUAGAGCGAUACUACCGCAUAGAAGGCAUUCUACUGAGUAAACAAAGUCAGGGAGUGUCAAGUAUCAACGACUAUCAAUUUAAGCAAAUCUUACAAUCGACUGAAAAACAAAAACAAACUCUUAUCUAUACAAGAAAGUCGCCGAUGUUUGAUUUAGAUGAUGAUUAA